AUGAUCACACUCGAAGGACCUGAAGAUUGGUAUGGCUGGAAUCAAUGGAUUCGAAGCAUGGUACACUACGCUCGUCUUGAUGAGGUCAUCCUCAAGGGCACGGCCGCUCGCCCAAAGAUGCCACAGCUGCCAGACAUCUGGGUGUAUUUAGAUAACUAUCUCGCUGCGGGAAAGGAGAUUCCCGAAUCCCUUGAAAGAGGAAAAGACUAUCCUUUUUCUGAAAUAUUCCACUUGCUGACAGAGGAAGGAGUGGUUGCUUACCGGUUUGCCGUCGACGACAUCAUGCUCAGCCUCAUCGCUCCCUUUCAUAUUCAAGCAAUAGUUCCCCGCCAAACCGCCAACAGCAUCAUGCGCUCCGGAGCAGCCUUGGCCCUGUUUUUCGGGUUCGUCCCGGUCCUGGUGUCCUCCCUCGGUUUGGAUGCCGACGAUGUGCCUAUUACAUGCGCCGCCAUCUGCGGCCCACUUGUGCAGCUGAGCUUUGCCUGCGACGUUGACGACGACCUUGUCGGAGAUCGACAGGAGGAGCUCUUGGAGCGGCAGUGCAUCUGCGGUAACACCACAUUCAACGUCGCUGCCACCACGGCUGACUGCGCUGUCUGCGUCGGACAAAAUGCGAUCGAUAGAGAUGAUUUGGAAGAUGUCAACGAGAUCCUUAUCGCAUGCGGCUUUGUAUGA